AUGAAGUUCCAGAAUGGCAAAAGGAGGAUUAUUGUUAAACUACCUGACAGUCGCAGUGAAGUUCCAAAGUGGUUCACUUUUUGUAAUUACUUUGAUGACUAUGAUGAGAGUAAAUUUGAUUACAUUGAUCAUGAUGGCAGGAGUGUUCGUAAUUACAAACUUCCUAUUGAAAUUCCUUGGACUUCCGUAUUGGAGAACACAAAAUUGGUUUUGUGUGCUGUUUGGGAAAUUACGGAAUCAUUUGUUAGCCCUUGUUCUCUUAGAUUUGAUGUUUCGAGUAUUUGUCGAAAUAGAUUUGAUGUGUCUGGAGGAGAGACAGGGGCAGGUAAUGUGUGGCUGGAAUGUAUUUCACUUCAUGGAGUUCAUGAUCAAUUUGAGCAUGUUGUUUUUAAAGGAGAGACAGAGUGGGAUUCUCAUUUUCAAGGUACUACGUUGUGGAUGGAGUAUACUCCAUUAUUGCUUCAUGAUCAAUUAACGUCGCCUAUUUUUGGAGUUACUGUUCACGGCAAUGGGUUGCGCAUCAAAAGCAUUGGGGCCCACCUGGCUCAUAUCCGUAUGUCAAAGGAUGGUGGUGAUGAUGAUGGCAAACAUAUUGAUGAAAAUGAAUUAGAUGAUGAUGGUGAUGUAGGCGAUGAAGUUCGACCCAGAAAGAGAACAAAGAUAUGACCUCUCUCUGCAUUUCAAUGUGUUGAUGAUGAAAACUUACUUCGAGUCUGGACCAAAAGGUGAGUGGCUUUACUACGAUGUUGAAAACUUGCAGAUCAUUAAGUGUGGCUUUUUGCUCACGCCUCAUUUGUUUUUAUCUUGUAGAUCA